UACAGCUUGUGGCUGUAAAUAUUUCCCCUAUCAAUGGCAGACUGUAAAAAAUUGUUCCAUUUUUUGUGUUACGAACGCCCGGACUAAUAGUCAUUUGAGUCUCGUUUCGCUUUAGAAAGAAUUUGACGUAAUUCGCUUCGUAUAUCUUCUUGCGAAAAAGCUCAAAGACAAGAGAGGGAGAGAAUCGGUGAGUGAGAGUGAGAGAGUGUGCGAGUGUUCUCUGCCAUCGUUAAGUCAAUUUUAACGUGUACGUACGCACGCUUUGUGAGUGAGCGAGAAAUGAAACGGACAAGCGGACCGUUGCAGAUGGAUAGAUGUGUAUUUUUACUGACGAGGUCAGUGAACGAUGUACGUGGCCUGAAAGAGAGGGACAGGAGCGAAGUGGACAGACUUGUAAGACGAUUAGAACGUUUAUUGUUGUGAGCCGAGCUUCUGUAAUCGAUUCCACCUGGACGGAAUUCAGGGUGGUAAAAUAAAAUCGUCAACCGGGUCAGUGAUAGUAGAAUCGAACCGGAGGAACUUGGAGAAUCAGACAGGUUUACGAUGGUCCAUCACUAUACAGACUACGAACGUCCAUCUGUUUUCCGGAGACGAAAGAAUGAACGAGAAUGGAAAUGAAAUUAUUCAUUGUCACGUUUCAUCACACAUGCAUGUAUUGAGUGAGUCGAAUCAUUUAAGAGGUACCAAAAGCAAAAGAAACAAAAACUGUUGGCAAUAAUAUUCGAUUUACAAAGAGAAGAAGAGUGAUAGGGAGAGAGAGAAAGAGAGCGAGAGAGAGAGAGAGAGAGGUGAAUGGUGCGGCGUCUUUAAAAUUAAUCGAUACAGCGUGCCUGUAUCCCGUUCGAUUUACUGUAAUUUAUCGUGUAAGAGAGAUUUGUAGAGAGUUUAUAAAUUAGGCCAAAUUGUCACGGCGAGAGUUCUACGAAAUAGCGAUGUUUCCUUUACUCCCAAAAGUCAUGGCCAACUAUUCACCCCCACUUCGUUCUACGAUUAAUGAAUUAAUGAAUUAAUGAAUUCAUUUGAAACGAUCGUUUGUGGGAUAAAUUAAUACAGUACUUGGUAAAAGUAGCAAAUGAGACAAUUUCAAAUGGAAAGAAUUGUUGGCCAUGGCUGUGGGGACAGGAGAUCGUGUUACAGCGUGAUAAUCGCGUAACGAUUAUGCCUCGAUGAUGAAAUCAUUAGGAUUGACGUAUCAGAGGAACUUAGAAUGGUCUGGCGUAAUAAUUCUUCUGUUUCUUUUAUGACACCUGUUCUGUGUCAAAGGUUAAUGGAAUUUCGUUUAUCCUUCCAGCAGUCGUUCUACGUACAGAGAAUCCAGUGCACGAAAAAAUUCUUUCCCAUUUAACUUUAAUCUCUAAAAAGUUGUCGAACUCAUCUAAGUAUCUCCUUAAUUUCUUAUUUUUUCACGUAGUACUAAGCUCAUGAUUCUCGUUCCAAAUUUAAUUGUUAUUAUCAGUCGAAAAUGAGUGAUCGUGAAGUGACGACUGCUCGAAGAUUGAACAGAAGUUUCAAUUUUCCUUGGACAAAGUCAAAGCGCUCAUUAUUUACAGAAGCCAGAAUGGAGAAUCAAAAUUUAUUAACUCGUGUCCGUUUAUAUUACUCGUUAUACUCGUUAGUAGCAGAUUAAGAUAGGUUGAGCUAAUUGAAGAUCGGGAUUCUGCUUGAAUCCUCGAGAGUUACAAUCUUUUGGCUAAGUAAUUAUCAUUAGGAGAAGCGUUUGAUAAUUAUCUUUCCUUUUUUAUUAUACACUUUUUUUAUUGGGAAGAAGAAAUGAGGAUUUUGUGGGGUCACAGUUUCUUCUUUUGUUAGUGUGUGCCCGUCACACACGUUGGAAAACAGAAGGAAGGGUUUAGUGGAAAUUGUAUCACUAUUACGCGAUGUGUUACGAUCUGUAAGAACUGGCAAUGACUAUGAAAACAAAAAUCAAAUAAAACGUUACAGUGAAUGUUAGCUAAUCAAAUCUUCUUUCAUUUCCUUGCUAUUGUCACUUUCUUAUACGAGAACGUAUGUUAUUUAAUUAUCAUCGUCAGUAUAAUCGAGGAACACGAGUAUAGUUAAGAGCAUAGCUGAAAUUGUAAUGAAAAUUACACAUUUUUAUGAACACCUUAUUGGAGGGCGUGUGGGAUAUGGCUGAACCACGUUUCACCUUUGACAUUUUAUCUAGCAACAUUGCAUCACCUGUUCUUCUCAAUUCAACGUAGCAUUCGUUAAAUUCUUGAAACAACAAGAUAUAAAAAUGCAGAGAUUCCAAAUUAUAUACAGGGUGUUUCGUAAAAAUGGUGGACGAAACUUUAGGAGUAUAUUCCUAAUGCUUAGAAAAGACAAAAAAAAAGUUAUAUUAACCACCAUUUACGAAACAUCCUGUAGGUUGUAGUCGUUCGUUUCUCGAGUACCUAUAGAUUUACUAUUCAGAGUAAUUAUUUAUUUUUACGAUCGUGUUAAGCAUUUCCUAUCCCUGUCUAUCCUAUAUUUCUAGUCCCUGUCUUGUACAGGAAACAGGUACUUAAGCAAAUACUUAAGGCGGUCUUAAAUAUGAGUAACGACUCUGAAUACCGGCUAUAGUGCGCGUUGAAAUAUUGUUACCAAGCAUUGAAAGUAUGAGAAGCCUUCCUUAUCAGCGACAGGGAGCGUACUGAUGUAGAACCAGAACGUGACAUUUAGCUCACAGUUCUUAAAUCCUAUCCGUCAGUCUUACUUAACAUGAGCAGCUAUUAACAGUUUCUUCGAAUUUUUAAAUUCCACCGAGUUAAUAAUGAAGCUCGUGACGUUGUUCCUUGGUUUCCUUAUUGCCAGAGCGGCUAACGCUACAGUGAAGGAAGAUAUUAAACAUUGGCGAGUAUUAGCGGACGGCGAGCUGGAGGAAGCUCUCGGCUAUAAAUGGAAUACAAAUCUAGCGAAGAACGUGAUAAUCUUUGUCGGCGAUGGCAUGAGUCCUGAUACCAUAACCGCCAGUAGAAUAUACCGUGCCGGUGAGACCAGCCGCCUGGCUUGGGAACACUUUCCUCAUAUAUGCAUUCUCAAGACUUACAACACUGACAAACAAGUACCUGACUCGGCCUCGACUGCAACUGCUCUGUUCGGUGGUGUGAAAACGAAUUACGAAGUAGUUGGCGUAGACGUGAACGUGGAACUGAACAAUUGCUCGGCGAGUUUGAAUACGGAGUAUCACGUGGAUUCUAUAAUCUCGUGGGCUCAGGCAGUUGGCAAAGACACAGGAUUCGUGACGACGACGAGGGUGACUCACGCAACUCCCGCACCACUGUACGCUCACAGCCCUAACAGGCGAUGGGAGUGCGAGACCAAAAUGCCAGCGUACGCCGCGAGAUGCAAAGACAUCGCUCGACAACUGGUCGAGGACUUACCAGGAAAAAAUAUCAAGGUGAUUAUGGGGGGUGGUAGGCAAAUGUUGAAGUCAAACGCCACAGGCACCGAGUUCGAUCCUAUAGACACUUGGGCUGGCCACAGGGAGGAUGGGAGAGAUUUGGUAGACCUUUGGAGGAAGGAUAAACUCUCUAGGAAAGUGGCAUUCGAUAUCGUACAGAACAACGAAGAGUUAUCUGGUAUAGAUACGAAAAACGUUGAAUAUCUGUUGGGAAUCUUUGCGAACGGUCACAUCAGUAUGGAUUGGAAGAGGGAGAAAGGUCCUAAGGGACAACCCAGUCUCGAAGAGAUGACCGUGGCUGCGUUGAAAAUCUUGCAAAAAUCGAAACAAGGCUAUGUCCUCGUGGUCGAGGGUGGCCUUAUAGAUUAUGCCCAUCACCGUGGUUACGCUGCCCAAGCGUUGUUAGAAACUGUCAGAUUCUCAGAUGCCAUAAACGCGACUAUGAAAAUGAUUAACACUGAAGACACUCUUGUAAUAGUCACUAGCGACCAUACUCAUUCCCUCAGCUUCAAUGGCUAUAGUAAACGAGGCUCAGAUAUUUUAGGUAUAGCUCAGAAUUCCAAAUUCGAUCGAAUUCCAUAUACCACGUUAACGUACAGCACAGGUGGGCCAAAUAAUAUUGCAUACACAGUUAAAGAGAAUAUUGCAGUAAGAGAAGAUCCAUCUAAAAACGAUACAAGAUCGUUCACGUAUAGUCAACAGGCGAAUAUCAUAUCAGACGAAGCUUAUCACGGUGGCGGUGACGUAGCUGUUUAUGCGAUAGGCCCAUUCGCACAUUUAUUCCACAGUGUUCACGAGCAAAGCUACGUUCCACGCGUGAUAGCACACGCUGCGAAAUUGCAGCCGACGGCACAAGUGAACAACGCAGGGAACCAGUACACAACUUUCGUCAAUGUCUUCCUAUAUUGCUGCCUGUCGUUGCUGCUCGCACUCCAAUUAUAACGAGAAAUAGAAGAAAGUAAAACAGAAGUUACUGUAAGUAACGUAUAUUUAAAAAAAAAGGAAAAAUAACGAAAGAUCCAAGUUACAUUUUUCCUUAUCCGUACUUAAGUAAAUGGGACGACAAGUGGGCCGUGAGAAAGUUCACGCUUGGAUCCACUCGAUCACAGAUUAAGCCUAAAGUUGUUCAGCGGACGCAUCAAAUCUUUCUCACGAAGAUCGACAGUUCGUACCGUAUACGUAAUCUCUAGAUAUAGAAUAAAUUUAUUUUCUUCACGCACGUGUGUGUAUAACAAUUAUAAUAUACAUAUAUGUAUAUAUAUA